GGCAAAACCGCACAUAGAACUACCUCUCUGAGACAAAUAACAGAAUCUGUGAAGAGAAAGCACAUAUCAGACCAGCGGGGCAAAGAGGUAACAACGCCUGUACUAUGAAGUUUUUUCUGGUUUUUGCUCUCAUCCUCCCGGCCAUCUGGGCUCAGAUUCCCCACUGGGGCCCAUGUCCGGAGCCAGCAGUCCAACCAGCCUUCAGCCUUAAACAGUUCAUGGGGAGAUGGUUUGAAAUUGCCAAACUGCCAGCCCAAUUUGAGAAGGGCCACUGCAUUGAAACCAAUUUCACUAUGAGGACCGACAACUCCAUUCGAGUGGUCAGCUCUGAAAUACUAAAAGGAGAGGUGAGGAAAAUCGAAGGGACUGGUGUCAUAGAGGAUAUGAAGAAUCCAGCCAAACUUGGAAUAAGUUAUUCCUACGUUCUUCCCUAUUCCCCUUACUGGAUCAUGUCCACUGACUAUGUAAACUCGGCCCUGGUGUAUUCCUGCACGGACGUCCUCAGGCUCUUCCAUGUCGACUUUGCCUGGAUUCUGGGUCGAACACGGAGCUUGCCGGAGUCCACCAUCGAGAGAGCCAGAGAGAUCUUUGCCACCAACAACAUUGAUGUGACCAGGAUGAUUGCCAGCAGGCAGCAAGGCUGUGACAAAACUCUCUGAUUGGCAGUGGAAAUUCAACACAAGGUGGUGCUGUUACUGACAGAGGGAUGGAAAUUAUUGUAGAGUUUGGUCCAGAAAAUUUUUGUCUAAUAUUUCAUGGUGAUUGUGACACUAAGAUAAAGUCAGCUGAGUUUCACGUGUUUGUUUGUGUCAGGAAAUGACGAAAUACAUGUUUACAGCACUGUAACAGUUUGCCUGCACAAUAAUUAAAGUAAGUAAUCUGA